AUGAGCAGAGCACUCCUUCGCUCCGUUCUGGAGCUUAGGGCUCCCAGCUCGCGCAUCGCCCCUCUAUUCGCUCCGUUUCGUCACAUCCAGCAUCGAAGCUUCAACUCCACGGCGCCAAUUGUCGAGCCUGUUGCGCAGCCUCACGUCAACAACGCCCCCAAUCCCACCGAGGACCAAGUCCGACCCCUGGCCUUCAAAAAGAGUCACCCUGUCGAGCCUCCCACGCCAAUCACCGACUCCGUCAAGACGCUUCUGCCCCUCCUCGCCGCCCAGCCCGGCCACUACAUCACCAUCCACAUCCACGGCUUCCCAUAUCUAGUCCAGGAGGGCGACCAGAUUCGUCUGCCAUUCAAGAUGCCUGGCGUUCUUCCUGGAGACGUGCUGCGCCUGAAUCGUGCUAGCAUCAUCGGUAGCCGAGAUUACACCUUGAAGGGCGCCCCCCACGUCGACGAGAGGGUGUUUGAGUGCCGUGCGACUGUCUUGGGGACUGAGUCGGAGCCGCUGCGGAUCAAGAUCAAGACGAAGCGGAGGCAGAGGAGAAAGCGUCAGGCUAAGAGCAAGCAUCGAUAUACCAUCUUGCGCAUCUCUGAGCUGAACAUUAAGAAUCUGGAUGAGGUCGAGACUUCCUCAUGA